CCCCCCCCCCCCCCCCCCGCCCCCAGUGGUACCAUUUUACAAACAAGGUGUCUCUGUCUGGGAGGGAGUCCUUGGGAGCGUUUCGUCCCGGAGCCGCUCCAUUGGCCACUGGUGUUCAGUGACACAUAGGCAGCUUGCGUGGUUGGCCUGACCACCGACGCUGCCUGUUGCUCAGUGGCCUUGAUCUUGGUGAACAUCACGUCCUCAUUGUCAAGGCCAAAGGGAGACGCGAGGCUGUGCCCCCUGAAGAAUGGUCCUCCUGCGCCCCAAUACCUGAGGAGGCGUGUGGGCUGCAUCUCACCACAGGAGUCAAGAGGGUCCCGUCAGCGGGCAGGUGGGGUCGUGGCUGUGCCUUCACAGAGCGUGACUCUGGCUGGAAUCGGAGACGGGCUCUCCUGGCUCCGGUUGGAGGGAUUUUCAGAGUUGGCCACAGAGCUUUGCGGAAUGGCUGGCUGGGACCGGGCACUGUCUUGAGGCUUGAAAGAGCAAACUCAGCUCCAGAGCUUGCUCCCUUGGCACUGAACUCUGACCACUAUGGUGCUUGCAGGUUCUAGCUGUCGGCAGGUAAUGGGAAGAAGCUUUUAGCUACUGCUGGCGACUCUUGACCGGGUUCAGAUCUUCUUCCGGUAUUCUUAGGGACUUCUAGGCACGGACUCCUUGCAAGGAACGUCGAGUUGAGGAUUAUUUCCCUGAGUGAGAGACCUUGAUGCUUUCAUUUUAUGUGACGGGACAGAGUUAUGGGACUUGGUGGGAUACAAAGCCAGCUCUGUGGCUUAUGCUUGAGAGGGAGGGGAGAGGAGGGGGUGUGUGGCUUUACCUGGUGCCACGCCGUGUGUUUGAGGGGUGGGCUCCCCUCUCCCACUGCCUCCUGGUCUCAGCAUCCGUAGUCCUUCUCCUGAGGGAGACCUACCUUGUCCCCACGAGUGGCCGUGUGCCGUAUUCGCCGCACCUCCUCGCUUCUGCAGAAGCCUCCUCGUUCCAAGAAUUGGGCAUUUAGUGUUGGCCGGGGUUCCGGAUAUAGAGAGGUGGAACAUAGACCCAAGGCGUGACACGGAUUUUACCACGUGGCACAUUGUCCUUUUCCCCAGUUUUGGGUUAGGACCUGUCCACGUGUUCUAUGAAGCCCCCUGCUCUCUCCACCUUUGCCGAUGGUGAGCACACUGAUUUGUGGGUGUGCCUCUUGCCCUGCAUAGGUGGAGCCCCUGUUGUUGCUGAAGGCAGCCCUCAUUCUGCAGACGUGCCAGCGCUCGCCUCACAUUCUGGCCGGCUGUAUCCUCUACAAGGGACUAGAAUACCUGCAGGAGGGGGUGCCCUGCAGGAACAUGGAGUGGCACUCCCCGCAAAUGUCCAGAUCAUGCCUGUGUUCCUGACCGAAGAGGAAGCCAUCAGUCUCCAUGAGUUCCCAAUGGAGCAGGAAACUAGCUCGGCUGCCCCGCCGGCCCGACUCCAGGAGCACUCAGCCCAGCGUUGGAGCACAUCUGCCCCCGCCGAAAACGCCACUGGCCAUGUGGGAUCUGCGGCCUGGACGUUGGCAACCACUCCCGAGCCUACGGGUCCUGACGUAGCAUGGCCAGAUGGCAAGAGGGAGAACAGGCGCUUGCCUGGCCGUGAUCUGGAGAACGUCAAACCUGCAAGACAGCACAGCCUGGCCAGGGACAAGGGUCCUGGUCUCCUCGGCUCCCUGGCGAGGGAACCUCGUCUGCCCUGGGCGGAGGAGGAACCGGACUUGUCUGAGAUCCACAUUCCAGAAGCUCGGGAAACAGGAAUGUGCCCGGGUUAUUUUGCCCUCCCGAGUACGUGCGCCCCAGAUGGUGGCAGUCCUUGCUUUGAGGAAUGUGCCAGUGACUCUGGCAGCCAGGAACCCAAGCCGCCUGAUGCCCUCAGCAGCUUCCUGUCUCUGUCCACUCCUGAGAUCCCCCCCCAGAACGGAGCCCUGGAGCGACACAACGACCUUCCAGGGGACAGCAGCCCAGCCCCCUCUCCCAGGGAAGACCGCCUCCCCGGAAGGACGAGCAGGCCGUGGUCAUGGCCUUGCUCAGACUCGAGGCAAGAAGGAACCAUGCUUCCCGUGGGCGAACGAGGCACAGAGCAGCCUGUUCGGGUUCGUGACAGCCGCUCAACACCCGGCGGCUCUGACUUGGCAGAGUCUCAGGACGACGGUCCCUCUGCAGACAGAAAUGACCCGAGGUCAGCCCCCACAUCCCGUGAGGGGCUUGUGCCGAUGAACCUCUACACCCACAAUGUCAACGAGCUGGUGCUGUCCCUGCUGGCCGAGGAGCCACUGCUGGGCGACGACGCAGCCAUCGAGGAGGUGUACCACAGCAGCCUGGCGUCCCUGAAUGGACUGGAGGUCCACCUGAAGGAGACGCUGCCCAAAGACGCCGCUGCCUUCCCCAGCAGGACGUACAACUUCACGCAUUAUGACCGCAUCCAGAAUGUGCUGACCACGAACCUGCCACAGGUGGCCACCGCCCAGGACCGCCGCUUUCUCCGGGCCGUCGGCCUCAUGCACUCGGACUUUGCCCGGCUGCCUGCGCUGUAUGAGAUGACCAUCAGGGCCGCCACGGAUGGCGCCAGCCUCCAGAGAGUCGAAAAGAAGGAAGACGGCUCUUGGCACCGAAGCCUGGAACUCGAGUGCGCAAGUCGAACCCCGAACCGUGGCAGCUGCCCUCCCCCCCCCCCCCCCGCCAGCAUUUGGCGUCGCUGGGCCCCUGCCGAGCACCUCCCGAGGUCUCUGUGUGGUCAGAGGCCUGCCCAGGCAGCCUGGGACCGUUGUCUUCUUUCUUCCCCCUCAGAAACGCCUCCACGGCCGUGUACGCCUGUUGCAGCCCCGUCCAGGAGACCUAUUUCCAGCAGCUGGCGGUGGCGGCGCGGAGCUCCGGCUUCCCGAGCCCGCAGGACGGCGCCUUCAGCCUCCCCGGCAAAGCCAAGCAGAAGCUGCUGAAGCACGGGGUGAACUUGCUCUGAACCGGGUCGCGGCAGGAAGUUCAUCACCCCAGGAGAGGAUGAGCAAGUCGAAUAGCAAAGAAGUUGCACCUUCUUGAAAGUCCCUCUGUUCUAGUUUCCUCGGCACAUUCCCCUUGUAGGAACAUGAUGAUACGUGCGUGCGUGUCACUCCUUUUGUAGGUUGGGGCUUGAGCGGGUAGUUCUUCGGGUCAGCGGACCUGGAGCACUCGAUAAAGGGCUCUGUUACGCUGGCCAGGUUGCGGCCGGGCCGGGUGCUUUUGGCUCCCAACCACAGAGGGCAGGGCCAGGUAGUUGUCCCAUCACACGCGGUCUUGGGCACCUGUCACUUUUCGCUGCUAUUGCAUCUGGACCCUAACUAGUACCACGAGCAUUUUCUCUGCAACCCUGUUGUCCUGAGUCCAGGGGGCAGUGUGAGGCAGGGCUGCAGGGGGUGGGAUUUGUCAGCCAGCAGACCGAACCCCCACACCUCAGGUAGGUGUUCUUUGGAGUGGCCCCCCCGGGAGGUCUGGACGAGCAACGCAGGGAGGCAGGCAGGGAUGCCAGAAGCACCUCGUUUGCAUGCUUCUAGAACUAUAUUCAAAACCAGGAGUUUUGUUCUGUUCUUUGGAACACCCACGGUGGGGGCAAGUCUUGAUAACAUGGGAGGGAGCCUGGGGUUCUAAGGUAGCCGUGAGCCCCGGGAACUGGGUGAUGGCACACCGGGCCGUGCGCCUUUGGUGCGACGUGGGCCAUGCAGCUGGCCCCUCUCCAGGGAAGGUCCUCAAACAGGAGUUCUCAAAACGGGGCAAAAGCCAAGCUGUGCUUUCCAGCGGUGGCUGCAUGAAAGGGAGCAGCGUUCAUCCGUGUUCCUGGGCCCAUGCUCCAGGCAGAAAGUUUACAGUAAUGUGAUACAGAACACAGGAUGACAUCUUUACCAGGGUCUGAACUGUUUACUGGGAGUACUUGAGACUUCCGUUUGGAAACUGCAAUGUUAAUAGUUUCAUGUCGGUGAACAGUGCCUAAUGUUUGUGACUGUGUCUUGUCUUGAAAGGACUUGCCCAGGGCUAAAAAUAAAACAGCCCAAAAUGCUA